GUUUUAUCCGUUUUAUCACACAACUAACUGUUAAAUUGAUAAGACACUGGUUAGCGUUUUAGAAACUAUGUAUCUGAAAUCGUAUGUUGGAGGUUGAAGGGAAACCGACAGCAGGAUGAUCUGCAUUCGUAAUGUUCAUUUAUUGUCAUGACAUAUACGAUUAAUGAUGUCUCUACCGCAUGGGAGCAAGGUUAACGUCGAUUACAAAGCACGACUAGAACACAAGUUAUACCUGGCUAGAGAAAAUCCAGAACCAAUAUUUGAUGUGUCUGAAUGUGCUUUGAAACAUGUACCCUCUGGUAUCUAUUCAUUAUGUAAAGUAUUUAGAAAGAAGGUGCUACUGAUGUAUAAUAACAAGUUAACUUCACUUUCGGCUGGAGGUGCCUUAAGCGAUUUAUCAUUACUUGCUGUAUUAGAUAUUCAUGGAAACGAAUUUACUCAUUUACCAUCAGACAUAAUGUGUCUUGCUUCUCUCAAGGAACUUUAUUUACAAGACAACAAUAUACGAAAACUGCCAAAUGAAAUAGUAAAUUUAAGUAAAUUAAACAUAUUAAACGUUGCAAAAAACAAGUUGAAACAGUUGCCAGAGGCAAUGGGAAAUUUAAAGCAUCUUGCUAUAUUAGAUAUUAGUUAUAAUAAACUUCAUAAACUUCCAAAAUCUCUGGGUUAUGCACAACAAUUAACAGAAUUAAACAUUAAUGGAUUAAACUUGUUAUAUCCACCUCAAGAUAUUUUAAAUGGAGGCACAAUAGUAAUUAUAGCAUUUUUAGCGAAUGAAAUUGGUAUUAAAUAUUCACCAGAAGAACCUGAUUCUAAAACAAAUUUAUCAAGAAAUAUAAAUUUUGAAGAUAUACAAGGAAUAUAUCAAAAUAAAAAUAAUGAUGUACAGGAACACCGUCAAACUGCAUUAUUGGAAGUAGAAAAGCAUAUCAAGCAACAACAAGAAUAUGAGAUGGAGAUGCAAUUAAUGUUAAAAAAACAUAAGAGAAAGCUUUUGGAAGAUCUUGCUCUACAGCAAACUCAAUUACAACAUGAAUUACAAAAAGUACAACAAGAAAAAGAUUCUAACAGAGCACGCUUACUUUCCUACAUUUAUAAUGCUGAGAAAGAAGCAGAUAAUGUUAUCAAAGAAUUUUUAAGAAAUAGUGAAGAAGAAAGACAAACUCAGGCUGAAUUAUUAGAGCAAGAAAAACAAGAAGAAAUGCAAUUAUUAUCUUCUUGUCACACAGAACAAUUUAUGUUUCGCACAAAGGAUACUCUUUUUUCAAUGGAGAAAUUACUUGAAGAAGAACUUCAUAAGACUAGAAAGUUUGAAGAACAUAGCAAGUAUAGAGAUUAUACUGCGCAGUCUUUGCUCACAUUAGAAGUAAGGAAUAACGAUCAUUUAGCACAAAUAAUGCAAAAUCAAGAAGAAAAAAGACAAGAUUUAAUUGACACAUUAAAACAAGAUGAAGUUUUACAGAAGGCUGCUGUUGCAGCAUUACUAGAACGUAGCGAUGCACGUUGUUGGAGUAUUGUACAACAAGUCAAUUUGGUACAAUCGCAAUUAGCUGCACUUACAAACAUUGAACUAGAGAGGAGAAAAUUAGAAAUUAACCAGCAACUCAAUGAAAUAGCUGAAAAAAGAGUAGCCUUGAGUGCUAUUCUAAUGAACUUAUUAGAACAACAGAAAAACAGAAGAGAUCAACUUCUAGAAACAAUUAAUACGAUAGAACAACAACGUUGUAUUAAUAAUUCUAGAAAACAAAGUCAAUUUUGGUUAAUGCAAUAUCAGUCUUUAAUGGAAACACGUCCUCAAGGUUUAUUGGAAAUGUUAGAGCCGACAUUAGUGCGACAUGUUGCAAUAGCAGGUGCAUUACACUGUUUGCCAUUUCUAGCUUCCUUGCCAUCAUUACUUCCAGAUCUUAAUGAUGAACAAUUAAAAACUAUUGGAAUACAUUGUGAAAAUGAUCGCACUGCUAUAAAACUUGCAGUUGAAAAUUAUUUAGCAGAAUUAAAACUCAAUGAAUCUAGAACACCUAUAACACCUUCUGCACCACCAGAAGAAGCUUGUACAAGUUUUAACUAUCAAGAAUAUAAUGCUACUCAGAGCAUCAAUACUGCCGAAUGUGUAAUUUGCCUUGAUUUACAAUGUGAAGUAAUUUUUCUACCAUGUGGACACCUUUGUUGCUGUUCAGGUUGUGCAAAUAUGAUUUCUUCAGAUUGUCCAAUGUGUAGAAGUGUGAUAGAUCAUAAAAUUCACAUUGUAAAGCCUUAAAAUAUGAAUAUUUUUUUGUAAACAAUUCCAGUUAAAUAUCAUUUGUCUAUUAGUUUAACAGUACGUUAACAAAUUACUAUUUCAAAAUUUAUAUGAAAGAAUGUAACGAUAUAUAUCCAUAUACUUUAGCUAUUUCCAUCUACAAAAAGAAUAUUUCAUAAAAGUAUAAAAUUUAACCAAUAAAAUUUUUUUUAAUUACAUAUUUCUUCCAUUUAGUAAAUUAUUUUUGUAUUAUAUUCUUAUUUUUUUUUAAAUUACAAUUAUUGAAAAAAAAUUUUAGAAACAAAAUUUAGUUAUACAAACAACACAAUAAUGAUAAUUUAUAGAGAUACGAGAUGUAUAAUAAUAUUUAAGAUAGAUUAAAAUUAUCUAACUUUUUUAUUGUAUCUACAGCAUAAAUAAGAAAAUAUUUUAAAUAUUUGAAAAUGAAAGAAUAGAAUGAGUUGCAUUUAUUAACACUUGACUACAAAUAUUCACUUUUAUAUGAAAUGGUCACUGACAUAUCUGUAAAUACAAUAGCUUUACAGUAUUGUGAAAAUUACAAUUUUAAUCUAUAAUGGUAGUUAAGAGUUAAUAAUGCAAAAAAUAAAAAUAAAAAUAAUAAGCAAGCUUUUGUAAAUGAUAGUUUAUAUAAGAAAAUUUUUUUAUAAAAAUUCACUUUCCAAAUGCAGUAUCUUAAAAGCAUUCAUUAAUAAAACAUUUACAUUUUAUCAAUGUAUAUAUAGUCUUUAAGCAAAUAUUGUUAAGCUUAACGAAUAAAAAAUUUAAAAAAGAUUUGUUUUGAAGAGUUUAAGAAAAUCUAAGGAAUAUUUGAACUAUUUAAAACAUUACAAUCUCUUUUAUACUAAUAUAUUUCACUUUUUAUUUUAUAAUAAUAAAUAGAGACAUGUGACAAAUCUGAUAGACUUAUACAAUAAUUGUGUAAAAUAUAUGCUUACUUUUAUGCAUUAUAAUUUAUAUAUUUAAUAUGUAUUAAAAAACCAUAACUUCUCUUCCUCCAUCCUCCUCCUCUAUUACAUCAUCUCCAUCCUUUUUCUGUUGCUUUUUUUUAGAUGUUGCAUCUUUCUUUUCUUUUUGAGCUUUUCGGAAAUUCUCUAAUGAUUCCUGCAGUGGAUCAACAAAUUGGUCAAAGUCAAUAUCAUUCAUUGCUUGAAUAACAUCUUGACCACUUAUUGUUUUACGAUUUCCUUUCUUAGCUAUUAUAUUUGCAGAUGAUGUUAAAUACAAUAUAAAAAUUGAAGAUGCUUUUGCUACUGCAGUUCUAGCAUCUUUGGCAAUUGUAACUCCUUCUGGUAAUGCUUCUUUUAUAAUCCUUGUUACAACUGCAUUUGGUAAAUUAAGAUCUUCGAGUCUUUCUGCCAUCUGAUUUACUUAUUUAUUCUACAGAAAAUUUUCUAAAAAUUUUGUUCUAAAACUUUUAUUACGUCCUAGCUAUUUAAUAAUCGGUUUAUACUAAAAUCGUAUUAAAAUAAAAAUUUUGGUAUGCGAUUUCUUCUUAUUUCCCGCCAAUAUGUCUAACUGGAUAUAUAUUCAACAGAAAUUGAAAAUAUAAUGCACGUGUAAUAAUUCACAUAGAAAAGAAACAAUAAAAUGUCACAGGCAUGUGAAAUUUUGCAGCAUUUGCACUAAAUUCAAACAAAUAAUGUCAACAAUCAUACUUCUAAUUUCAAGUGCUACAACUACAAAUCGAGUUUUCAAGUGAUAUAACGCAUAGUAUAACAAAUCUAGA